GUGCAACUGUUAAUUCGAAUGAUGCAAAAAAUGAACAAUCAUCUCUAUCAAUGGAGACUUCUGUUCAUUGUAAGGGAAAUGAACGUUCAGAACGAUUUUGCCAUUUUGAAAACUUAUGCUAUCACAAUGAACAUAAAGAUUUCAUAUUCUUCAUGGCAAAUGCAAGUAUGAUCGAAAAUGUUCCGUCUGAUUCUCAAAAUAUUUUAGACUUGUCUUCAGUGGCAGAUCAUACUUUACAUUUUUUUUCAUUUCUGUAUUUACCAAGUGAAACGAUGACCGAUUUUACUGUGAAAUGGAUAAAUCGACGUAGUUUGAUAUUCAAUAGAUUUAAACCAGAUAAUAUCAUGCAUAUACUACAUGAUGAUAUAUUACCAUUACAUCACACCUUGAAACAAAUAAAAGGGAAUUUCAAAUUAAAUCGUAAUACGCAAGAAAAAUUUGAUAUUCAGAUUUUAACUUUUGAAGAUUGGCCCGAUGACAUAGAAUAUCAAUUUCUUUACGACUUAUUUUCAAGACAUGACAUGCUUACUGUAAAUUCGUUGAAAAAAAUGGGUGAAUUAGUGUGUUUUAGUGAUGUAUAUGUUGGUAUCUCAAAAGAGACGACGUGGUAUCAGUAUGGAUUUUAUGUUCCACAGGGUCCUGUACCGAAUUCAAAGGUAACAUCUAGUCAAAUACAAGACACUGUGAAUUAUGUAUUAUCUCAUAUAGACACCGAAUGUACUCUAUGUAACCUUGGACCAUACCUUGUUUUGUUGUCCCGAAAAGAAACCAGACGUAUUCUUAAUGAAAUGGAUCUCAGCAUAUCAAUAGCUCAGCAUAUAGGCAUGAAAGUUUUGUCAGUGAGUUUAGAAACACAUUCGUUAGUAGAUAUUAUUAAUUUAAUUAGGAAUUCUAAGGGUUUGAUUGGUAUGCAUGGAUCUCUGUUAGCCCUGGCAAUAUUUCUUCAACCAGGGAGCAUUUUAAUAGAGUUGUUCCCCUUUGCCAUUAAUCCUGCCCAUUAUACUCCAUAUAAAACAUUAUCAGGUAUACCGUCUAUGAAUAUUUAUUAUGCAAAUUGGGUGAAUACAAAUGAAGAAAAUACUGUUAUGCAUCCGGAUUGGCCACCCGAAUUAGGUGGCAUUUCUGAUUUAAAGGAUCAACAGGAAAUAAUGAACCAAAAGGAGGUUCCGAAGCAUUUAUGUUGUGAUGAUCCCUCAUGGUUAUUUCAUAUUUACCAAGACACAAUUGUGGACAUUAAUACUAUAAUUCAGUUAGUAAAAACAAUGCUAACUGCCUCUAUAAAUGAAAACACUAGUGAAAAGGCUCGAAAUAUCGUGGCAGGACCAGUAAGAGACUUGAACUGUGUGACAGAAAAAAAUUCUAUUCGUGUGAAAUGGAAAGCACCAUGGAGUCUUCGAUAUAUACCACAUAAAACGGUCCAAUAUCAGUUAUUUAUUUUUAAUACUCAAUUGAAUUCAACUACGUCUUUUUUGAUAACCAAUACGAUCUAUACGUAUAAUAAAACUGAAGCUACUUAUUCCUUUUUGGUAUGGGUUCAAUGUCAACUUGACAAUUUAAAAGGUUACUUGAGUAAUCUUGUAAAGUGUUAAUAAAGGAAUUUUCUUAU